GGGCUUAAAAGGAGCGGCGGGGCGGGCGGCGGCACAGCGGGAGCGGGGAAGAUGCGGAUGAGGAUGGGACGGGGGCAGCGCGCGGGACGGAGCCGCGGGGAGCCGGGGCCGCGCAGGAAGGCGUCACGGAGAAAGUGCAUCCUGGUGGACCACCACACCUGAGAGCAGCCCCAGGCUGGCCUGCAGGUGACGAUGGCAGCUGAGGGGCUGCCUGUGGCAGGGCCCGCUGGUGGCCUGCCUGGCUGGGAGCUUGAGGCCUGGUACCAGGACCUGCAGGAGGUGCUGGCAGCAGCGGAGCCCACGGGCCUCCCAGCACCUUGGGGGGCCGAACAGGAAGGGCCUUCAGGGAUGGCCCCGCUGUGGGGCCCAGAGGGGACUGACAGCGUUCCAGAGAGUUGUGAGCUGGAUGCUGCCCUGACUGCGGAGAUGCAGGAGCUGCUGGGCCCACACAGCGCAGCAGGCACGGAGGCAGUGCAGCCACUGGACCAUGCUUUCUGCAGGAGCUCCCCCACCCCGAUGGGCACCGAGGAGGAACAGGUGGGGCACAAGGCAAAGAGGAAGAGGGGCAGGGGUGUAACAGCAAACAAGGCGCUGGCCAAGAACCGGGAGCAGAGCAACGAGCAGCGGGUGCUGGAGCUGACAGCCCGCAACGAGCAGCUCCGGGAAGAGAUCCGGCGGCUCAGUGCUGAGGUGGAGAACACACGGACAGCGCUCAUUAACCGCAUCGUGAAUCUCCGCCAGACCUAGAUGCUGACACGGCCUUGUAGGCACCAGGCCCAGGACUCUGCUGUCCCCAGUGGACUUGGGGGGCAGCCACAAACUGGAGGGGCGCUGCCCAACUGGCACAGACUGAUGCCGUGGGGAAGGCAAAGCUUCCAGGCGUUGUACAGUUCUUGCAUUUUAUUACACACGUGUAACCGUCA